ACGCCUACAUGCUGGAGGUGUACGGCUCCCUGCCCGCCUUCCUCAAGCUCUGGAUAGAGCUGCUCAUCAUCCGGCCCUCCUCGCAGUACAUCGUGGCUCUCGUCUUCGCCACCUACCUGCUCAAGCCCAUCUUCCCCACCUGCCCGGUCCCCGACGAGGCUGCCAAGCUGGUGGCCUGUCUCUGUGUCCUGCUCCUCACAGCCGUGAACUGUUACAGCGUGAAAGCUGCUACUCGUGUUCAGGAUGCCUUUGCUGCGGCAAAACUGCUGGCGCUGGCUCUGAUCAUCAUUCUUGGCUUCGUGCAGCUUGCAAAGAAUAAUGUGACAAACCUGACUCCUGAGAAGUCCUUCCAAGGCACCAAAGUAGGCGUGGGGAACAUUGUGUUAGCUUUGUACAGCGGUCUCUUUGCCUAUGGAGGAUGGAAUUACUUGAAUUUUGUUACAGAAGAGAUGAUAAAUCCCUACAGAAACCUGCCCCUGGCUAUCAUCAUCUCACUACCUGUAGUCACUUUGGUUUAUGUGCUGACAAACUUGGCUUACUUCACGACCCUGUCGACGAAGCAGAUGCUGACGUCCGAAGCCGUGGCUGUGGAUUUUGGGAACUAUCACCUUGGCGUCAUGUCCUGGAUCAUACCUGUCUUUGUUGGCUUAUCGUGCUUUGGAUCCGUUAAUGGAUCUCUCUUCACUUCUUCCCGGCUGUUCUUCGUGGGAUCCCGAGAAGGACACUUGCCUUCAAUCCUGUCCAUGAUUCACCCCAGGCUUCUCACUCCUGUGCCGUCCCUCGUCUUUACGUGCAUCAUGACCCUGCUCUAUGCCUUCUCCAACAACAUUUUCUCAGUCAUCAACUUCUUCAGCUUCUUCAACUGGCUGUGCGUGGCUCUGGCCAUCAUCGGCAUGAUGUGGCUGCGUUACAAGAAGCCAGAGCUGGAAAGGCCCAUCAAGGUGAACAUCUGCCUGCCCAUUUUCUUCACCCUGGCCUGCUUGUUUCUCAUUGCUGUUUCCUUCUGGAUGACGCCGAAGGAAUGUGCGAUUGGCUUUGCAAUCAUCUUCAGUGGGAUCCCUGUUUACUUCUUCGGUCUGGUGGCAAAACAAGCCCAA